AAGUAUAAUUCUAGGUUGGUGACAGGAGUCCUACUAGUGGAUUCUCACGCUUAAGGGGAAUAUGGGCAAUGGCUUGGGAUUAGCCAUGACCCGGAGAAUAUGUAUCAAGGUACUCUGGCUAAGCUUCUCCAACCUAAGCUAGAGGCUAUCGUAUGGCUUCGGCCAAGCAGCUCUGAAUGUAAGACAGUUCCUGGCUUCCAAGCUAACCUAGUCUUUUCCAUCUAACGUCCGGGUAGGAAAUAAGCCCCCGGAUUUAACUGUUCAAAGCCUUCCGUUCCUGAAAGCUUUUGGUACUUAAACUCUCGUAGAUCUGGCUUGUCUUGGGUAGCUGUUGAUCGUGUCUGGAGAUUUCUCUUGAUAGACAUCUGUUUCUUACCUGUUAAAGAGAAUCAAGCUUUAUAGCUGUUGUCGAUCACUUGUUUUAUCAUGGGUCUUCUCUCACUCAAGUAUCGACGGCCAGGGCAUGUAGAUAAGGGGAAAUUCUUAUCAAGCAGGAGAGGAGACGCGAGCAGUGAUGUUUCGCUGGAAUCAGGUCAAACAGGCUCUUCAUCUGGGAUACCUGACGUCCUCGCUUUUGACAAAAUCAUGGACGGAGGAACUUGUCCCCCGUGCACCAUACGUGAUUUUAUAAACUACCUCAUGUAUAUCGAGCACUCUGCAGAGAACUUGCAGUUCUUCCUCUGGUAUCGCGACUACGUGAAGCGGUUCAACGAAGCCAGUACUUCAGACACGAAUCUCUCCCCGGAGUGGACGCAAGCAAUGGAGGAUGAAACGGCUGCAAAGAUCCAAAAGGAUGCCGUUGAAAGGAUAAGAAAAGAACCGGAAGCCGUUGCUAUCUUCAGAGGUACCGAUUUUGAGAAAGGAGAAGCAGACAUCGUUCUAGAAAGCAGAGACCCCUUUUCGACGCCUCCUUCGACGCCUAGCGUUAAAGAUACCCCGUCUCUUUGGUCGAGGUCCCGAGCUACAAGCUAUCGCUCGCAGUGUCAAGACGCUUUUAGAGCCGCCGGUGCUUCACAGCCAUUUACCAUCCAGCCCUUCAGAGCUGAGGUCAACCGCGUAAUUGCGACAUAUAUCACAGACGACGCUCCACGACAACUCAACCUUUCAAGCAAGGAGCAGAAGUGCGUAGUACAAGCACUGGCAUACACGACACACCCAUCAGCGUUCCGGACCAUCAUGGGAAGCGUAGAGGACACGCUCCGGAGACAAGCGCACCCAAACUUCAUCCGCUGGACCAUCUGCAACGGCAACCCAGCACGCGUGACCUUCGCCCGAAGCCUAGGCGCCGGCACGAUCCUCUGCGCCACGAUAGGCGCGAUACUCCUGACGCUGAGCUCCGCGGGCCGGGGCUGGCGCGCGCUGCUUGCGAUCCCGUGGACGCUCGGCAUCGCGACGCUGGUUUCGGCGUACAAGGGGAUGUGCGUGGUGCUGCACGGGCUGCACCACCGACACGUGCGGCCGUGGGAGCUAUUCGAUUAUUCCGCGGAGGAGGGGGUGGUAUCCCCUUCUUCCUCCUCCUCCUCCGGAUCGGAACUGGAAGAAAGAGGCAACCAUCAAAGAGGUAGGGGAUCUAAGGAGGGUAACAACAAUAGCUUCGAAUCGUUCGGGUCGAGUAAUAAUAGCUACGAGGACGAGCCGUGGGUGGUGAAGUACGAACGCCGCGGGCUGGUGCGCAAGGUGUUUGACCGGGAGGUCUGGAUCCAAGAGCCGGCGCUCAGGCAGAUACAAGAUGUCAUUUUUGUGCAGUCGGUGCUGGCUGGGCUGUUGGGUGGUGGCGUGUUGACGGCUGUUUUUGUAGCGGUACCUGUUGGAGGAUUCUUCUAAGAGCCGGGUGAUAAUAAAAUGGAUUGUACUUCUUUGGCAGGACGUAUGAUUCUACAGGUUAUGUAAGUGUCUUGCUAAGGGUGUGAUCAUUCUGCGUGCUAUGGUUUCAGGUGCCUGUAGCUAAGCGAGCAAGUCAACUUUGUUGUACCUCGGGUAGACGCAGGCCGAGCAGGGCUGGCAGGUUAGCGUACCUAGG